GCCUCGGAGGAAGUGACGCAAAGAUGAGGGGCGGGGUAGGCUCUGCGCCGGAAGUGGCUCGUAGAUCGUAAAUAAGCCCCGAAAAGGAGAGAGGCGCUGUCUCCAUUUUGUUGGCAUCUUCGGUUCUUGCGCCGUUUUGGAGAUGGGAAGCGUCUUGGGGCUGUGCUCCAUGGCGAGCUGGAUACCGUGUUUGUGUGGCAGUGCCCCGUGUUUGGUGUGCCGAUGCUGUCCUAGUGGAAACAACUCCACUGUGACAAGGUUGAUCUAUGCACUUUUCUUGCUUGUUGGAGUGUGCGUAGCUUGUGUAAUGUUAAUACCAGGAAUGGAAGAACAACUGAACAAGAUUCCUGGGUUUUGUGAGAAUGAGAAAGGUGUUGUCCCUUGUAGUAUUCUGGUUGGCUACAAAGCUGUGUACCGUUUGUGCUUUGGCUUGGCCAUGUUCUAUCUUCUCCUUUCUCUAUUGAUGAUCAAAGUGAAGAGCAGCAGUGAUCCUAGAGCUGCCGUGCACAAUGGAUUCUGGUUCUUUAAAUUUGCUGUAGCAGUUGCAAUUAUUAUUGGGGCUUUCUUCAUUCCAGAAGGAACUUUUACAACUGUGUGGUUUUAUGUAGGCAUGGCAGGUGCCUUUUGCUUCAUCCUCAUACAACUAGUCUUACUUAUUGAUUUUGCCCAUUCAUGGAAUGAAUCAUGGGUUGAAAAAAUGGAAGAGGGGAACUCAAAAUGUUGGUAUGCAGCUUUGUUAUCAGCUACAGCUCUGAAUUAUCUGCUGUCUUUAGUUGCUAUCGUCCUAUUCUUUGUUUAUUAUACUCAUCCAGCCAGUUGUUCAGAAAAUAAAGCAUUCAUCAGUGUCAACAUGCUCCUCUGCCUUGGUGCUUCUGUAAUGUCUAUACUGCCAAAAAUCCAAGAAUCACAACCAAGAUCUGGUUUGUUACAAUCUUCAGUAAUUACAGUCUACACAAUGUAUUUGACAUGGUCUGCUAUGACCAAUGAACCAGAAACACAUUGCAACCCAAGUCUCCUAAGCAUAAUUGGGUACAAUACAACAAGCUCUGUCCCAAAGGAGGGACAGUCCGUCCAGUGGUGGCAUGCUCAAGGAAUUAUAGGACUAAUCCUCUUUUUGUUGUGUGUGUUUUAUUCGAGUAUCCGUACUUCGAACAACAGUCAGGUUAAUAAACUGACUCUAACAAGUGAUGAAUCAACAUUAAUAGAAGAUGGUGGAGCCAGAAGUGAUGGAUCACUGGAGGAUGGAGACGAUGCCCACCGAGCUGUAGAUAAUGAAAGAGAUGGUGUCACUUACAGUUACUCCUUCUUUCACUUCAUGCUUUUCUUGGCUUCCCUUUAUAUCAUGAUGACCCUUACCAACUGGUACAGGUAUGAGCCUUCUCAUGAGAUGAAAAGUCAGUGGACAGCUGUCUGGGUGAAAAUCUCUUCUAGUUGGAUUGGCAUUGUACUCUAUGUUUGGACGCUGGUGGCACCACUUGUUCUUACAAAUCGUGAUUUUGACUGAACGGGACUUCUGGCAUGAAAGUCCCACUUUGAUCAUUGCUUAUUUGAAAUUAGCAGUAUUUCCAACUUUUGUAAAGUUGUGUAUGCGUGUGCUUCCCAUGAAACUUCUCAGUAUUCUAGCAUGAAUUAGAUUUUACCGCUUGCCAUUUUAUUCAUUAUAUCCUUGCGCAUUGAUAAUGUGUGUUAGAGUGAAUCACAAAGGUUUUAUGAGUAUGGUGGUGAGUUAGGAAAAGUGGACAUUGUUAGGUAUAUUCACUGCUCUGUACCUGUGAAAACAAUAGUGAAAAACAAAACUUUGACGAUUUGAUUUUUAAAUUGUGUUAGAACCUAAGCUGUCUUAGGAAGUAUAAAAGGAAGCAUAUGUCUGUCUGCCUUUUGAAAUACUUAAUGCCUUGUUCUACAGGAGACUAAAGAACAUGGCUAUUUUAAAAUUGUGUAAACAAGUCACUUAAAUGCUAGUUGUUAAAAAAUAUUUUCAGGUGUUAGGAAACUUACACAGAUAGGCAAUAUUUGAUGGACAACAGUGUAGCUUUUGAUGAAGAUUGAGACAGAGCCUUCAAAGAAACUCAGAUUGGUGGUGAUGGGUACUAAAUUGAAUUCUCAGUUAGGUGGUAAUCUUCUGGGUAGGGAUGGCCUUCCAUACCAGCAGUGAGCUUUGGUCACUAUUAACAUGUGCAGAAGCAUGGGUUCAGUGGUGCUGUUAGGAACUUGGAAGGAUUUAGACAAAGGUUUUAAAAAGGAUAAUCAUGAAGUAGAAGGAAGUUGUUGAAAAUCACUCUGAAAGUUUGUGUUGAAAAUCAAAGGUGGUAAACUUGAUAGGACAGGAAGAAACUGCAAAAUACUUAGACAAAAACUAGUCCAAUCACUUUUUAAAAAUGAAACAACUGAAGCAUAGACUUAAACAGCUCAGAUAGCUAAUUAGUGGCAAAACUGGGAAAUCCCAAGUCUGCCAAAAAUAGCUGACAUUCUUUCUGAUGUUCAAAAAUAAUUUCUAUUCAAAAUACAUGCAUAAGGUUUUAUACCCCAGUAUCAGUGAUUAAUUUAUGUGAUGUGGAUUGCUGGUGUCCGGCAUGCCUUCUACCUAUAAACAGGCCAGGAGAAGGAUAGAAUGCUAUAAGGUGAACUCCUUCUUAUAGUACAUUAUACAGUUGGAAAGAUGUUUAAAAUGCUUUUGUAUUUGCUGCCAUCUAAAAUAUGUAGGUUGUUAAAAUCUUUGAACCUAAAAAUCAAGCACUACAAGAAUUAACUUAGAUAGAAACUCUUAGUUGUAUGUGUCAUUAGUGUCUUAAUCUUAAAAUCUACAUUUGCUUUUGAAAUAUUUAUUAAUGUAAAUGAAAUGUAACAAUUCAACUUAAUUCCCCAACUUUAUUUUGUGUAUUGAUAAUUGUGUUUCAUGAUUUGAAUGACUGUUGUCUCUCUCAAUAAAUGAAUUCAGAAAGUG